GUCCUUGGCUGUUUCGUUGACUGACUUCGAAGACAAGAUGAACCUGGAGAUGGAACGGAAUGCGAUAUUGGAGGUUGAACUGGGUGAAAAGGAUCGAUUAUCAGAAAUGGUCCAGCGGCUGAAGGACGAAGUCAGAGACUUGAGAUCCGAGCUGCAAGUGAAGGCGACCGGGAACGAAACGGAACGAAAGCCGCCGUUUUCGCCGACCGGGGUGCGAUGCGUGUGCGGCGCCAUGCAGCCGACGACCGCCACGCAAGAGACCAAGUUGCCGAAGCCGCUCCUGAGUCAAGACAUUGCGCGGAUGAACGGGAAGCUGCCGGAACCGGACACCGCACCCACGAAAGGCACUCACAUGCUCUCUUACUUAAUUUCAGUCUAACUAUUUUGUUUCUUCUUUUUUUUUGCAUUAUCCCGAGGGUUUUCUUUCUUCUUGCGCGUUUGUGAUCUCAAAAACUCUUCUGUGUCCUUUUUUUUUUUCUUCUUUUGUCCUGUGUUUUCAUUUAUCCC